AUGGAGAUGAAGAAGCGUGCCUCUAGCAACAAGAAGAUGAGGUUCACGGCUGUACCCGUGCCCUCUAAGCUCAUUAAGAGGAGCAGCUGUGGCCCGCCCACUGGAUCCGAGAACCAUGUUGAGUCUGGUCCGGACCGCAUCAGCGAUCUCCCCGACGCCAUCCUCGGCAAGAUCAUCUCUCAUCUGCCCAUAAAGGAAGGCAUGCGCACACAAGUGCUCGCAUCUCGGUGGCGCCGCACAUGGCGCACCGCACCACUCGAUCUCGACUUUCGUGUGAUCCUUGAUACUCGUUCUACCAGAUCUCUGGAAAAAAUAUGUUGCCAAAUCAUCCGCGUUCUCCCUGGCAAGCAAAUCGUCCAGGAAACAUACGUCGGCACUCAAUGCCGACAUCUUAGUUGCAACUGCCGCGGAGAAUCUGUCGCUGAUGGCUUCAGUCUUCCUGUAUCUAUCCUCUCCGAUCACGAGGGCCUGAUUCGCCGCCUCUGCAUCCUGGCAAGCUACCUCCAGUGCCAACCUUGUGGCGUCGAUGAGUUGUUCCUAUCUCGGAAUCUGGACCAACUCUAG